CCAGAGUGCGAUCCGUGUACCAACUUCUUACAGUUCACCGGCUUACCCGUCUUACCGUCUCGUAUAUUUUAAUAAUAUUUUGCCGAUCGUUUGUUCGAAUUUGUUGAUUUUCUUCUCGACUUCCCAUUUACGAGAGGCAACGCAAUUAUGAUGACAAUUACUGCAGCAAUGAUUAUGGCGAUCGUCGCAACCGCAAUUGUUCCCAAUAGGGCAACCUACUCUGGACUCAACGAGGAUUAUAUAGAAGAGGUUGCAACUAUCCAGGGCAGAUGUCCACCUAAUGUAACUGCAGAUUUUGAUGUGAUCUUCAACGCUGAGGAUUCGUCACCGGUUAAAGGUUGUGCCUCACUCGGAUUCAGAUCUCGUAAUGACUCUAACGAAAUGAAAAUAUUCAGCGUGAAGUUUGGUCGUAUGAAUAACGGCGUUUGUGUGUCAGGCAAUUUUGCAAAUUUGGACCAAUUGGUGUUUUCCUGUAUGUCACAAUCAGCCACGCUGUUCGACAAUGAAAAAGUAUACAGACUAAACGGCCAUGUCCUCCAAGCGGGGGGCAAACACCAGACCAGAUGUGUCUUGUACAAGAUGACGAACUCCGUGAUGAA